CGAUGAUAAAACAAAAACAAUUAACACUUGAUUGAUACAAACUAUAUGUAUAUAUUUAUUGUCCUUAAGUAUUUCCCUUUGAUCACGUGUUACAUGUGGUUUCAUCAAAACCACAUCAUUUUAGUUUUAAUAUAGAACAAUGCGAUAAUAGUUAUCGUUAUUUUUUCUCUGAUUUUGUUUUUUUCAAAUACUUCUAGAUAAGUUAAAAUAUAUAAAGCUAAAAUAUUUUUAUUUAUAUUUAUUUUCUGUCCAAGUAAAUGUAGAAUUUAUCAAGUUUUUUUUAUUAUCGAUUAUUAAAAAAAUUGAAGAACUUAUGUGAUUUUUUUAUAUAAAUACGUAGAAAUAUAUUUUCGAUAUUAGUCGAUUGAUAAUUCGAUAAUUGUAUUAAAGUUCAAUUAGAAUACAUAAAAAAGGAGAAACUCAUGUGUUGAAUUACUUUUCAUAGGAAUAUUUGAACAAAGUGUUUUCCAUUUUUGAUAUUAGUGAUUAAGCAAUGAGAAUGCGGAAGAAACAUUCAAAGUGAUAAUGAUUUGUUGACGAAUUAUUUACAUACAACGAUUGGAGCAGUUUAAUUUAAUACUUCGUUUCGUACAUUAGUAUCCUAGCAAUAGUAAUUCCAUUUCUCGGAAUAAUUGUCAUGAAAUUCAAUUAGAAGUUGAUUAUUCUUUUUGUUUAUAAUAAAUAUAUAAAUAAAUAAUAUUAAAAAUAAAAAAUAUAUUGUGAUAAGUGUAAUUGAUUUUUAAAACAGAAAUUAUGAAGUUUAAGAAAUAAAUUAUGUAUUGAUGUGUUAUUUUGAAUCAAAAACUGAAAAAAAUUAACGCCGCGUUUGAAUUAAAAAAAAACAAAAAAAAAGUUAUACUAUGUAAGAAAGAAAUUAUGGAUGAAAACGAGAAAGAAAACAAAUUGGAAGUGAUAGAAGAAGUGGUGGUGAAAGAUGCUGCGUUUUCUACCGAUACAAUAGAUAAAAAAUCUCAAGCGUACAAGCAAUCCAAUACUUAUGCCGCAAAAAAAACUGUGGCACAAGGUAUGAUGGAUGUUGCCCUAAUCACUGCCAAUGCGAAUCAAUUAAGAUAUCUGAUUGAAUAUCAACGAGAAAGCCCUACAUUUUAUUUGAUUAUGAGUUUAAUAAUCAUCAGUCUUCUUCUUCAGAUGGCCGUAGGAAUCAGUCUGAUUUUCAAAGGUCGAUUUGAUAUAAAAGGACAAUCAAAGUCAUUACAAGCACGAAAAAUCAAUAAUUACGUAGUAAUCGGUGUUUUUUUAAUAACUAUCAUAAAUGUAUUUAUUGCCGCGUUUAGUAUAUCUAUUCCUACUACGUUACCUCAAAUAACAACAAAUAAUAAUAAAAUGUAAAUACAUCUUUUAUAUUGAUUUUUGGAAAAAAAUCUCCCUAUUUUUUUUUUUUUUUUUUUUAUGUGAAUGAUAGUAAAUUAAAAUUGAUAUACAAAAUAAAUAAAUUAUAGUUUCAUAAGUUAUAAAUUCCUAUUAGAAAUAAAUUUUUUAUAAUCGAAUGUAAUUCUAUUUUAUAUUAAAAUAUAUAUCAAUUUUCUAUAUAAAUAUAUUAUGUAAUAUUAAUUAAAGUACAAAUAAAUAAUUGAACAUUUGAUAUUUUUCUGAAAAGAAAAAAAUAUUAUGUUUAUUCUAUAAUAUAUGACAAAUGAUAAUAUUAAUAUUAAAAGUAUUUAAUUAACAAAUAUAAUAAAUUUUUAUCGAGUUUACUUUAUCUAGUAUUCAUUUCAUUUUUAGUAAACAAGUUAAUAAGUAAUAUAUAUAAUAUUUUAUCUAUUUUCUUUUAUAUUUGUUAAUAUAUUUAUAUGACAAACAUUCAUUGAUAAAAUCAAGAAUUUCAAUUAUAUAAGUAUGUAUUUUUAGGAAUUAGAAGUUUAUGAAAAAAUUACAUUUUCCUAAAAUUUAAAAUGAUUUUUUAUUAAUUUAAUAUAAUUAAUUCAAAUGUAUUUUAAUUUUACUUUCUUUUUACAAAAUGUAUAUAUUUAUACAAAAUUUUUUUUAAUAUUUUCAAAUUUAUAUAUAUAUAUGUGUGUGUGUGUGUGUAUGUGUGUUUUUAGUAUUUUAAUACAAUUAUAAAAUUCAUAUUUUAUAAAUAAAAUACUUAAUAAUUUUAUAAAAAUUAUAGAUAUAAUAUAUAUAGAAUUAUAGAAUUAUAGAAUAAUAGAAUUAUAGAUUUUUAUAAAAAUUAUUAUUAUAUAUUUAAUUCAAAAAUUUGAAUAUUUUAUUUUUAUAUUUUAAUCAUAAAUGUGUGCACAUAUGUUUUAUUUAUCAUUAUAUUCAUAGCAAAAAUAUUUAGUUAGAUCGAUAUGCAUAUCUGAUUUUUAUUUAAUUUAAUUUCCAAUAUAUAUAAGAAUGAAUGAUCAAUAAAUAAAUAAUAUAAAUAUUAUUUUGAU